GUUCAACAAUGAUUAAUACCUACUUCUUAGUGUCUCACACUUUUUAAUUGGUGUAACAGAUGGAUCGUGACUUAGAUUACGCGAUUAAACAUUUAGCAAGGAAUGGUGUUCUGAUUGACUUUCAUGAUAUGAAGCCGCUUGAGGACCGGCUGAUUGUGACUUAUUUGGGGAAGGAAAAAUACGUUGCUACUCCCGAGAAAGACCGGCAAAUGGGAGACAAAAUUUAUCUUAGUUUGCAUUAUGGGCCUCAAUGAAAACAAAAACAUAAGAUUGUUGUACGUGCUCCUCAUUGGAAACACAUGCUCCUCAUAAACACUUUUACAUUCUCAAACGUGGUGAAGAAAAUGUACCCUACAAAUGGAAAGACGUCAAUUUCCCAUAUAUGCAACGACUAUUAAUAAAUCACAAGGACAAUCAGUGAAGUAUGUGGGCAUUGAUUUACGUACUCCGGUAUUUAGCCAUGGUCAGCUAUAUGUCGCAUUGUCUAGGUGUAGUGCUGCAAGGAGAAUUACUUUAUUGUUGACCAAUGAAUCAAAUGUGUGUUUAGAUCCGGUAACAACAAAUGUAGUGUAUUCUGAAGUUUUACUGUAAAAUUAAAUACUUCGUUUAAUUUUAUAAAUUGUAUGGUUUCUUUAAAUUGGAUGAUUUUAUUAGUUUGUUAUUUUAGUAUUUCGUGAAAAAAAGGAUUGUCCCCAUAAAAACAUUCUCAAUGCCUGCAUAUAUCCGGAUUUGCUAAAAAUACGACUAAAAUUAUAACACUACGCGCCGAAGGCGCACGAGAGGUUGAGCCCAGACCGAGAUAGACUUACAUGCUUUAGACUUACAUGUUGAACAGUAACUUCGCCAAAAAAUCAUUCCACUUUCCCCCUAGAGAUUCUUUUGCCAAUUUUUUAAAUGAAAUAUCUGUUCUAUUACAUCCAUUCUUUGGUUUAGCAGAAUGCAAUAGAAAUCAAGAGAUGACUUCGAUGCAUUGCUCUUCCUUAGUCAGUAUCCACUGUCCUAGAUUCCGACAAUCAAACAUAUUUUUGUCAGAUUUACAUUAUUUGAACUUUGCAGAGUUCAUCAGAAUCCCUAGCAGAAGAAAACUCCGCUAUAAAGCUUGAUCUCAUCAAGGCUCAAAGCGAGAGUAAUUGUACACUGGAGAAGUUAAGAGAAGUGGAGGCACAGAAUUUGCAGCUUCAGCAGAAUUUCCGAAGUUUGGAGGAGAAGCUUUCGAAUCUAGAGAAAUAGAAUCAUGUUUUAAGGCAAAAGGCGUUAUGCUUAUCUCCAAAGGUCAAUCGGCCGGCAUUUGCAAAGACAUUUUGUGAAAAGUAAUCUGGGAUGACUGUUGUGCUUCCUGAUACUGAGAGAAAGAACUCAUAUGACUCUCAUUCGCCUCGUUCGCCUACAAAACUUUUUUCACCAUUUGCACACAUUGGAACUGAGUCGUUUAGAUCAAAAAUUAUAACUGACAGGCAUCAGGAGAGUCAUGAGUUUCUUUUAAGGUGUAUCAAAGAAGAUUUAGGAUUUCAAGAUGGUAAACCAGUGGCAGCUUGUAUUAUAUAUACAUGCCUUCUCCACUGGCAUGCCUUUGAGUCUGAGAGGACUGUUAUUUUCGAUCGCAUAAUUGAGGGAAUUAAAGUUGCCAUUAAGGUGGGGAAUGUGAACAAUAUGCUUCCCUAUUGGUUGUCGAAUGCUUCAACACUUCUGUGCCUCCUGCAGAGGAAUUUACGCUCAAAUGGUCUUUUAAGAAUGAUGCCCUUUUCUCGGCAUGCUUCUGGGCAUCCUGGAGCCACUAUGAGAGUAAUUCCUGGCUUAUCACCUAAGCAAUGCAAUACAUUCGAUGAUGGCAUGUCACAUGUAGAAGCAACCUAUCCAGCUAUAUUAUUUAAGCAGAAGUUGACUGCGUAUGUUGAGAAGAUUUUUGGCUUGAUUCGAGACAACUUGAAGAAAGAAAUUGCCCCACUACUUAGUCUCCGCAUUCAGGCACCAAAGAACGUCAGCAGGCGCCCUGUAAAGCCAUCUAAGUUUCAAGGAGCUAUUCCUCAGCAACAGUCUCUAAGCAGUCAUUGGGACAGGAUAAUCAAAUUCUUGGAUUCGCUCAUGAGUCAUUUACGUGAAAAUUACGUUCCGUCUUUUUUUAUCCGAAAACUCAUUACUCAGGUUUUCUCCUUCGUCAAUAUAUCUCUAUUUAACAGUCUUCUACUGCGUCGGGAAUGUUGCACAUUUUCAAAUGGUGAAUACGUAAAAUCUGGUUUUUCAGAACUUGAACGAUGGAUUACUAAUGCCACUGAGGAGUUUGCAGGUUCUUCUUGGCAAGAAUUAAAUUAUAUCAGACAAGCAGUUGGUUUUCUGGUGACACAUCAAAAGCGAAAAAAGUCACUAGAAGAGAUCACACGGGGUCUAUGCCCGGCAUUGACUGUAAGACAAAUUUACCGGAUAAGUACCAUGUAUUGUGAUGACAAGUAUAGCACACAGAGUGUGUCAACAGAGGUUGUGGAACAAAUGAGAGAGACUCUAAAUAAGGCUGCUUCGAAGAAUCACAACUCUAAUUCAUUCUUGUUAGAUGAUGAUCUAAGCAUUCCGUUUUCCACUGAAGACAUAUUAGAGGCCCUUGCAGAGGUAGAGCCAUCAGAUGUAGAGUUCCCACCAUUUGCACAUGAAUAUGCUUGUGCACAAUUCCUAGUCCCUAAUCAAGAGUAGAUAUAAGCUCCCCUGUAAAGCUCCAGUCCCCAGUUAAAUUUUGUAAAACGGACUGGAGAUGCGUGACAGGGACUAAUUCUAAGCCUCCCCCAUCAGAAGUUAUGUAGGUGCACAUAAUCUUAGACAGAGAUACCUAAUUUUUUAGCCAGUACAGAUCAACACAGGUGUUUCAGGGCGGCAAGUGUUACAGGCAGGGCAGUCUUGGACCAGUUUUUUAACUAGUCUUUUACAUUUCUGUACAUGUAUCACCUUCAAACACAUACAAGCUGUUGUAAAAUACUGUAUAGAAGAUCUGUGACAUCCAUUGAAGUCCAGAACUCAUAAAACUAGCCUGUAUUCAUUCUGUAACAAAAAUUCAUUCAAUAAAGGAAU